AUGUUUUCGUACUGUCCAAACUUGGUGACGGCUGUCAUCGCGGGUGUGAGUGCCUCGCUGGUACAAACCACACUCACGUACCCCUUUGAAUUUGCGAAAACAGUGUCGCAGCUGACCCGUAGGAUCCCAAACUCCAAGGGAGUAUUCCCUUCACUCGAGCUACAUCAUCAGUUUAAACACUACUUUGCAGGAUGUGGCGCAUUGAACGUGGGGAACGCGUUGAAGUCAGGCUCCAGGUUUAUGGUGUUCAACUGGGCCUCUAAGUUCAUGGCGUCGGAUACGGGCAAGACAAGCGCUCCAAGAUUGGUCAUUGCUGGUGCGAUGACAGGCUUUGUCGAAUCGCUAUGGAUUAUUCCAUUCGAAAACAUCAAAACCACCAUGAUUGAAAGCGCUCUGAUAACAAGCGCACGUGAUAGAGGUGAAAAGAGUGCACUUGAUUCCAACCUUCAGGGCUCCACUGAAACUGCGACAAAGUCAAAGAAAACGUUCCACAAGUCUUUGGCAUCAGACUUAUCGAACCACCCAAUGGUGGUUGCCAAACGUAAAUGGGAUAAAAACCCUCCUGCAAACUUCUUACAGGCAACUCAGGAGAUUUAUCAGACCAGAGGGUUUCGAGGAUUCGUACAAGGUACCGUACCAACCCUCUUGAGACAGUGCACCAACAGUGCAGUGAGAUUUGGUACGUAUACUUGGUUAAGGUCUCUUUUCGGCCACAGUGGUGAGAUGAACACAUACCUUACAUUCACCAUUGGUGUUACAAGUUCUGUUGUUGUGGUCGCAGUGACUCAACCUAUCGAUGUCAUCAAAACAAGAAUGCAGAGUAGAGAGACGUUUUACCUAUACAAGAAUUCUUUAAACUGUGCCUACAGAAUCUUUGUUGAAGAAGGUGUGAAGGCAUUCUGGGCUGGUUGGUUCCCUCGACUCUUGAAGGUUGGUACAUCUGGAGGUGUUGCAUUCACAGUUUACCAGCACGUUGAGAACCAGAUAACAAGAGCACUCAAGGAAAAACCAUUCCAGGCUGAUUAG